AUGUACAAUGCCGUCAUCCUGCCGACGCGACUGUAUGGAGCGGAGACUUGGACGGUGUACACAAAGCAAGCACGCCGUCUGAACCACUUCCACCUCAGUUGUCUUCGUCGCAUCCUGAGGCUGAAGUGGCAGGAUCGAAUCCCCGACACUGAUGUGCUGGAAUGGACGGGAAUCCUCAGCAUCUACACCAUGCUGAGACAAAUGCAGCUGCGUUGGAGCGGUCAUCUGGUGCGCAUGGACGACAAGCGACUACCCAAACGACUGUUCUACGGAGACGUCGCCACGGGUUCUCGCCGUCUAGGAGGCCAAAUUCGCCGUUACAAGGAUAGUCUGAAGUUCUCCCUGAAGUUUCUGCAAAUCCACCCGACCAACUGGGAAGAGCUCGCACACGAUCGGCCAACCUGUCGGAGGGCAGUGAAGACGGGCGCUGCGAUCUACGAACCCAACCGCAUCACUGCCGCCAAAGUGAAACGCGAAGCCCGCAAAUCACAACUUCACCCAGUACGCAACGCCGCCACACAACAGCUUCCAACGUGUCCUCGAUGUCAACGGACAUUCCGGGCUCGAAUUGGACUUGUUGGACACCUUCGAAUCAACUGCGCCACUCAGACCGCACCAACCAUCGUCCCUCUGUCCACCUCUUCCUUGUCCUCUGCCCCGCCAACUAACUCUGACCGCUCUCCUGAACCACCACGUCCAUCCUCCUCCUCCUCUUCGUCUUCCUCCUCCUCCUACCCCUGCUCCUGUUCCUCCGCUGCUGCAACGCUUGCUGUUGUGGCGCCUGCCAUGUACAUCAACGCUGCACACAAUCCUGACACAUCCUCAGAAAUCAAUACCACCACCGUCGACCCUAGAGGUGAGGACCAGGACUACACCUGCCCUCACUUCCACUGCACCUUCACCUCACGCAUCGGCCUGAUUGGUCACCUGUGA